AUGAAGGUGUGGAUCUUCGGCGACGUGUGGUGCUCCAUCUGGCUGGCGGUGGACGUGUGGAUGUGCACGGCGUCCAUCCUCAACCUGUGCGCCAUCUCGCUGGACCGGUACGUGGCGGUGACGCGGCCGGUGACGUACCCGAGCAUCAUGUCGUCGCGGCGCGCCAAGCUGCUCAUCGCCGGCGUGUGGGUGCUGAGCUUCGUCAUCUGCUUCCCGCCGCUGGUCGGCUGGAAGGACGACGCGCCGCCGCCCGCGCCGCCCUCCUCCGCCAACGACUCGUCGCCGCCGCCCCCGCCGCCGCCGCCGCCCACGCCGCCGCCGCCCUGCCCGUGGACCUGCGAGCUCACCAACGACGCCGGCUACGUCGUCUACUCGGCGCUCGGCUCCUUCUACAUCCCCAUGUUCGGCUUCCGCACGACGAAGGGCGGCAAGGGCGGCGCGUUCGGCAGCCGCUUCGACGAGCAGCGGCUGACGCUGCGCAUCCACCGCGGCCGCGGCUCCGUCAUGACGCACAGCAGCGGCGGCAGCAACAGCACGGCGACGAGCAGCGCGGGCUCGCCCAGCCUGUCGACGGGCGCGGCCACCGGCACGGGCCGCUCCCCGUCCGCGCGCCGCCUCGAGCGCAGCCGCACGCACGACCGCAUCAAGAUCAGCGUCAGCUACCCCAGCAGCGACGCCAUCUGCAACAGCGACGCCCUGCUGCAGCCGCCCCCGCAGGCCCCGGCGCAGCCGCCACCGGCCUCCCCGUCGCCCAACAGCAGCAAGAAGUCCUCCUUCUCCUCCUCGCCGCCCGGCUCCGUCACGCACUACGCCGUGCACUACCAGAACAGCUUCCGCGCGGGCCGUGGGGGCGACGGGGGCGGGGGCGGCAACUGCCACCUGCGCGUGUCGGGCGCGACUCGUCUGUCGGUGACGCGGCGCAGCGGGCGGCGGCGCAGCAGCGCGGACAGCACGGCGCCGCCGCCCACGCCCGGCCCCGACGCGCCGCACCACAAGGACCUGUCGCCCUCGCCCACCUUCGACGAGGGCUCCGCCAACAAGCCCAAGCUCAUCUCGCGCAUGGGCAAGCGCAACAUCAAGGCGCAGAGAAGUGUUAGGUCUCAAAAAGUGUUUCGAAUGUGCUUCUGCAACCGGGGCGCUGUGCGGCAGCGCAGCGGGCGGCGCGGCUCGGACGGGUCGCAGCUGGGCGCGCUGCGCGGCGGCACCGACCGCGCGCGCUCGCCCUCCUACACGCCCGCCCCGGGCGGCGCGUGCGCGUGCGGCGCGGGCGGCCCGGCGAAGGCGGAGGCGGCGGAGCGGUGGCCGGCGAAAGGAAAGGAAGGGAGUGAGUGUGCAAGGAGGAGAAAGAAGGAAAGUCUUGUUGAGGGCGUUCCAGCUCCGUGUUCCCCUGAGGAGGCUGUGCCUGCCGCGAGUGACCGCCGCCUGCCCCGCUGCAUCCCGCCCGUCCCGCCCCCGCGCCGCGGCGCGCGCGCCGCCUCGCGCGCGCCCCGGCGCUACCGCGCGCCGCCGCAGCCUCCGCCGCGCCGCUCCGCUGGUGGUGUGCCUGAUCCACGCCCGGCGGCCGGCCCCGCCGCCGGCUGA